UCAAUGUGACAUUCCGAUGAACGAAAUGGAGAGGAGUUAACACAAGGAAUUGUUUGGUUUGAGGUAGUCUUUAAUGAAGUGCUGAAGGAAAUGAGUCGGAGAAUUUCAUACAACAUUCUGAGAAUAUGUUUUGGAAAUGAUCGAUUCGGUGACGAAAAAUCUCAGACAUAUGUCAACCUAUCUGGAGACCAUUUUGCAUCCUUUACAGAUCGAGAACAAGAAUAAUGACGGAUACCAACGGGAAAACUGAAGAUGGAAAUCACGGUGAACACGAGGAGCACCAGUAUUUGAAAUUGCUUGAAAAGAUCAUGGCACAAGGAGCAAAAAAGAACGAUCGCACAGGGACUGGUACAUUUGCACUUUUUGGAACUCAGAUGCGAUUCAGUCUGAGAGAUGGCAUUUUCCCACUGCUGACCACAAAAGACGUCUUUUGGAAGGGAGUAGUCGAGGAACUUCUCUGGUUCAUCAGUGGAUCCACGAAUGCCCAAGACCUGUCGAAGAGGGGAGUUAAAAUCUGGGAUGCCAAUAGUUCUCGUAUAUAUCUCGAUGCAUAUGGCUUUAAGGAUCGUGAGGAGGGGGAUCUGGGGCCGAUCUAUGGCUUCCAGUGGAGGCACUCAGGUGCCAAAUACACGCAUAUGCACGCAGACUACACGGGACAAGGCAUCGAUCAACUCCAGGAGGUGGUGGACAAGCUCAGGAAUAACCCUGACGAUCGCAGGAUCAUUAUCUGUGCAUGGAAUCCAGCCGACAUCCCCAAAAUGGCUCUGCCACCGUGUCAUUGCCUCGUGCAGUUCUUCGUAGCCAAUGGGGAGCUCUCCUGUCAUCUCUAUCAACGAAGUGCAGACAUGGGCCUCGGAGUGCCUUUCAACAUUGCCUCCUACUCAUUGUUGACGUACAUGCUGGCUCACAUAUGUAAUCUGAAGCCUGGAGAAUUCGUUCACACGAUGGGAGACUGUCAUGUCUACUCAAAUCAUGUCGAACCCCUGAAGACACAGUGCCAGAGGACCCCAAGGCCAUUUCCAACCCUCAAGAUCAUCAGGGAUGUCAAAGAGAUCGAUGACUUCGUGGCUUCGGAUUUCGAGUUGAUUGGAUAUGAUCCUCAUCCUAAAAUCCCGAUGAAAAUGGCUGUUUGAGUUGUUUAGUAGUUUAUUUCAACUGUGAAUUUAUACAUGCCAAUUCAAUGAGAAUAAUUGUUGCCGGAUAAUUCAGUGGUUAUUACUUGAAACGUUAUGAGUAUUUUUUUUGCAGUAUUCCAUUAUAAAAUACUGUCACUAUUUGGGAUAUAUCAGUAAGGACAGUUUAGAGGAUAACUAUCACCAUUCUAGGAUAUCAAAUGACAAAUCCCUUAGGAAUAACUGUUAUUUUAUUUACCCUAAUAAAAAUUAUAUUCUCAAUAAACUCAUUCGUAAACUCCUAUCAUCUCACAAUAGUCCCGUGUUUACGUUUCCAAUUAUGUUGACUCUACAUCAUUCAUUGUUUUCUAAUUCAUUUUAAGACUAACGCGCCAUACAGAUCAGUUGCACAAUCAAUAACAGAUCUCUGUCUCUAAAAGUAAACAUAUCAUCCACUGACCACGUACAAUUGAGACGCUCCAUUAUCACAUUAUCCAUUUUAAAAAUAAGUAUUUCAUUCGUUCACUAAACUCGGGAAUAGGACAUAAGUGAAGCUAAAAAAAAUUGAGGGGAAAAAUAACCGUCAUACACAUGAUUACUCGAUUCAAAUUCUUCAAAGGAGAAUAAAAUAACGCAGAUAUUUGUUACUUCGAUAAAAUAUCAAUAUUCAUAUCAAUGAAUAUUUUUUUUUUCCAAUUAAUAUGUUUCUGGUCUAACCAUAUAAUGUAGAUCAAUUUAAUUCAAAUUCGAAGCCACAAAAAACUUUGGAAAUCAGUGAAAUUCAUUGAAGUUUACUCUCUCCAUUUCUGCUUGUAAAGAAAGGAAGAAUUGCCGAUUUAUUUAUCUAAAAAAAUGAAAAACAUCCAAUUUCCUUCAUCUCUCCUCUGCAAUUA